GUUGAUGACAUGUUACCCUCUUACCUUUUACUCUCCAGACACACAGUGUCAUCUUCCAACUUCCUUGCGAUUUGAUCAACCCACUGACGAAGCCAUAGCAGAUUUGAUUGCAUUUGGAGGCUGACAAUGGGUUGGCUUGAUCCAAAUUAUGGAUUAUAGCCAAGAGGCUGACAUGGGCUGACAUGUGCUAGUACACAUAUAAAAUGUACCUCCGGUAUUCUUUGUGAGCUGCUUCUCUUUUCUACUUUGGACGAUACCCAUAUUUUUCAAAACCCUACUGUAUACCCUUGUAUUAUUGACGUUUCACGAUGAGGGCCAUAUUGUCGUUGCUCGCCCUUGUCAUCCUUUCCUCUUCCGUUCUCUCCCUUCCAUCAGAGCGACGUGACGGCGAUAGCGCACUGACGGAGAUCCAAGCUCUAAAUUUUGCCCUCUCCCUCGAGCACUUCCAGUACUACUUUUACAAACGGCUGUACCAAUAUGAGCCGCAGGACUUCUCCAACGCUGGUUUGCCGCCAUGGUCGCAGGGGAGAUAUGCACAGAUAUCCUCCCAUGAACUCACGCAUGCUCAGUUCCUUGAGAAUAUCCUGGGUGACAAUGCUGUUCAGCCAUGCACAUAUAACUUUCCAGACUCCGAUCCGAGAUCAUUCGUGAAGACCAGCAACAUUGUGGAAGCAAUAACAUCCUCUACGUACACAACUCUCGCGAAGUAUCUCUCCGAUCCUGACUAUGUCAUCUCCAUCAGCUCUAUUCACUCCGUGGAAGCAAAACACUCAGCGUGGGUCAACGCGGACAUGCGUGAAGGUGCCGCUUGGAGUACGGCAUUUGAUGCGCCAAUGAGUCUGAGUCAACUAUACACGAUGAUGAGUGGCUUCAUCGUAUCCUGCCCAUCCUCCAAUUCGCUGCCGCCGAUCAAAACAUUCCCCUCACUCACGUUUCCCUCCAACGUUAUCCCAGGGCAGACUGUACAAGUGUCGUUUUCGCCCGCAGCUCCGGACCGCGAUUCACACACGUUGUACGCCUGGUUCAUCUCAGGGUUCAAAGCGCUCGUUGUACCUCUCAACGCUGACAUGACGGUCACCAUCCCGGACACGCUGCAGGGUUUUGUGUUCUCGGUGAUCACGAACAACAGGGAGAGCGUGUCCGACGAUGCUACAGUUGCUGGGCCAGCGUUCUUAGUCUUCGAUUAUGACUACCAAGGAAACGAUCAGUCGCUACCCAUGUGAAGAAAUCAAUGAUUUCUCAAUAUCGGGAUGCUGGAGCUCCAGGUUCUCCGCCUAAUGCAACGAUAGCGUUUGCUGCCACCGACUCACUCAUUGCACCAAUGUCAGAAGUGACAUUGAUCUACAUGACGCAAAAAGACCUUCCUCAGCACGCUUAAGGGCCUGCUUUCCUGAGCUGCAGUAAAUUGCGCUGGGUCAUAAAUGGAUCAGUGAUGAUUAUUUAGCAGGAGUUCAGCACACAUGCUUACCACUUCUUUCCUUCCUUGUGUGUAGCUUUGAGAACAUUUUGAAUGACAGUUUC